CUCAAGUUAGUCAGUCUCUCAACACAGCUCGAUACACACUGACACAUCUAGUCAAUAUUUAAUUUAAAAAUAGAACUCGUUUUAUUUUUUAAAUGAAGACGCUUAUUUUCAUAUAGUUUUUUUUUGUACAUAGCGGGUUUUUGAGCAAAAUGGCGAGCGUGAGUGUUUUGUUUUUAAUUUUUGUGUUAAGUUUUAAUAGUGGGUAUUGUUAUGAAGUGCCAGCGGCUACUUUGGAAGCUAUUUACCCUAAAGGCUUAAGGGUUUCUAUACCUGACGAUGGCUUCUCACUCUUCGCCUUCCACGGGAACCUGAACGAAGAAAUGAACGGCCUCGAAGCUGGCCGAUGGUCGAGGGACAUUACCAAGCAGAAGAAUGGACGCUGGACCUUCAGGGACAGGAGUGUUGAGCUCAAGAUUGGAGACACCAUCUAUUUCUGGACGUACGUCAUCAAAGAUGGACUCGGAUACCGUCAGGAUAAUGGGGAAUGGACUGUCACAGGAUACGUCGACGAAGCAGGAAACCCCGUUAACCCAACUGAUGGUUCCCCUCUCUCUUCUCCUGUCGCCUCCCAACCUUCAUCUGGCUCCCAACCAUCAUCAGGCUCCAACUCAUCCCUUGGAACUGCUUCUGCAGCAGCACCAGCCUCAUUCAGUGCAGAGUACCCAUGCGAGCUGUCUAUUUCCAAGGUCAAUGUACCAGGGUUCGUCUGCAAGGGUCAGCUGCUGUUCGAAGAUAAUUUCAACUCUGGAAUAGAAAAGGGGAAGAUUUGGACUCCUGAGAUCAAAUUCCCUGGAGAGCCGGACUUCCCAUUCAACGUGUACCUCAAUGACCGCAAUCUCCAUGUAAGAGAUGGACGGCUGAGCAUCAAACCGAUCACCCUGGAGUCUAAAUACGGAGAGGACUUCGUGAGGCAGACACUGGAUAUCACAGCUAGGUGCACUGGUACUAUCGGAACUAUGGAAUGUUCGAGAGAGGCGUCUGGUCCUCAGAUCUUACCGCCCAUCAUCACUUCUAAGAUCACCACUAAGAACAAAUUCGCUUUCAAAUACGGCAGAAUUGAGAUCAGUGCGAAAUUGCCUCUUGGGGACUGGAUUUACCCAGAAAUCCAACUGGAACCUCGAGACCACGUCUACGGCAUCAGGAAUUACGCGUCAGGACUCCUGCGCAUAGCCACUAUCAAAGGAAACGCGGAAUCUGCCAAGAAACUGUACGCGGGUCCCAUCAUGUGCGAUUCUGAACCUUACAGAUCUGCUUAUCUGAAGGAGAAAGCCGGUUCUGAUCUCUGGAGCAGAGAUUUCCAUAAUUACUCUUUGGAAUGGAGACCAGACGGCAUAUCCCUAUUCGUCGACGGCGAAAAAUAUGGCGAAAUAACUCCCCCAACAGAAGGGUUCUACAAGACAGCCACCGACAACCAGGUGGCUGCCGCCGCGCAGUGGCUUAAAGGAACCACUAUAGCCCCCUUUGAUGAUAUGUUCUACAUAUCCCUGGGCUUAAACGUGGGAGGAGUUCACGAGUUCCCCGACACGGACAACAAGCCCUGGAAGAACCGUGCCACUAAGGCUAUGCUGAACUUCUGGAACGCUAGAGAACAAUGGUACUCCACCUGGUAUGAUGAUACCAGCGCUCUGCAGGUGGAUUACGUCAGGGUUUACGCGCUUUAGGAGAUCUGAAACGGACUUCGUUGCAAGACUUAAGCACUCUCACAUUUUAAUUAAGAUUAAUAAAUUAAUACUCUUUAA